UCCGUUCGUUUUGUUUUGUUGAAGCAAGUUUGAAAUUGGAAUAUGGACAACAUUUCGCAGUUUGCAGAAGCCAGCAAUCCAUGGAACAACCAAGAAAGAUCCCUGACUGGUCUUCGAAAGGCGUUGGUUCUAGGAGAAAGAACGGGACACAUUGCGAAUAGAGCUGACUAUGAUUCUGGUUGCCUUGAUCCUGAUUCUGACACAAACCUUUCGUCCAUGAAGCUGAUACAGGUAUUGAAAAAGAUGAGCAAAGCAAGGACAGACCUUAACAAGGUAAACCUAGAAAUACAGUGUCGGAUGCAGGACAAAGAGACAAGAGACAUAACUCACUUGGACAUUCUUGAGGGCAGGAUCAACAAGAUAAAGGCCCUGAACAGCCACCUUGAGAGUGUGAUUGAGAGCAAGGAGCAGCUGAUACGGCGCCUCCAGCAGCCCUUCCAGGGGGAUUACCUUCGCCUUGAGGCUCAGCACCACAAGUUUGCCUGUGAACUGUUCCCUCAGAUGACACCCCUGCUAGGAGAGCUAACAACUAACAUGGAAAACCUUGUGUGGACAAAGUCCCUCACCUGGUCGGAUGGAAAAUUGGAGAAGAUGAUAUCUGAGCUGACGAGCGUGCUAGGUGCGAUGCAGACCAGUUUCCAAUCAUACUGUCAGAUCCAGCAGAGCAUGAAACAACUACACACCUUACAAACAGAGCCGCUUCACUCCACACAUUUAGAGGGACCACCGUUGUGAUAUAGUGACUUUUUAGUGCUUGGAUAACCUCUGAUUUUGUGAUAUACUAGUGUCCAUAGUUUAUAUUUAUGUGGAAGCAUUGCUUCAGUAGACUACUAAUGUAGGUACCCAGUGGAUGUGAUACUGAAUUGGAUUUGAACCACAUAGGAUUGAAUUGGUGUUAAGUUGUCAGUUACCUCUGUUAUGGAUAAAGUCUAAAGGUUACAAUAUGUCAAAUGUUGUGAUACAGAACAAAUGCUUCAUUAAUAGUUGGAUAGAAAGAAGCAGGAGCUUCUGGAAUGAAGCAAGAGCUUCAUAUCAUUGUUUGAUAUUAUAAUUGCUUCAUAAAGCCUACAGUGUAUAUUCUGCUAAUGAAAAAAGAAAAUUCAGCGCACUUCAGCAUUCCGUGAGUGACAUGUUUUAUGGGUUAGUGUGAAGAAAACACACUUAGUGAUUUAUUGACAUAAAACUUGAUACAGUAGUUUUCAGAGUUGGACAUACACCUUAAAUGCAAAUGAAGUGUUUUGUAAUCUUUCAUUCGAAUGGCAUGGUGUACAAUUUUAAUUACACUAGAAUAUAGUAAAUGUUCAAUUCAAUGUUCUUCAUAAUGUUAUGUGAAUUAUUUGUCUGGAAUAUGUAGAAAUUGGAUGUUGAUUGAACUUUUAUAUUUUCUAUAUUAGUUUAAUAAAUUGAAGAAA